CUGUUGCUUUAAGAACAAGACCCGGAAGUAUAAACUUUCACCGGCACUGUUGCCAUUUCUUUUCCGGGUCGAUUUGCCCUGGUGGGAGCGUGGAUCUCGUCGCCGAGGCGCACAAAAACAACAAAAAUGAGCGUUCCGGCUUUCAUCGAUAUAACGGAAGAAGACCAGGCAUCGGAACUGAGAGCCUACAUCAAGUCCAAAGGAGCUGAAAUUUCCGAGGAGAACUCAGAAGGCGGACUUCACGUUGACCUGGCUCAGAUCAUUGAGGCUUGUGAUGUUUGCCUGAAAGAAGACGAUAAAGAUGUGGAGAGUGUGAUGAACAGCAUCGUAUCGCUGCUGUUGAUCUUGGAGGCGGAGAAGCAAGAGGCUCUCAUCGAGAAUCUCUGUGAGAAAUUAGUCAAGUUCCGUGAAGGAGAGAGACCUUCCCUCAGGAUGCAGUUGCUAAGUAACCUUUUCCAUGGCAUGGAUGAGAAUGCACCUGUCAGAUACACCGUCUUGUGCAGCCUCAUCAAGGUAGCAGCUGCCUGCAAUGCCAUCGCCUUCAUUCCUACUGACCUCGAUCAGGUGGCCAAGUGGAUUGUUGAUUGGAACCUGAAUACAGAGAAGAAGCACACUCUUUUGAGGCUGGUGUAUGAAGCGCUAGUGGAUUGCAAAAAAAGUGAGGCUGCAGCUAAAGUGAUGGUGGAGUUGCUGGGAAGUUACACAGAAGACAAUGCGUCUCAAGCACGUGUUGACGCUCACAGAUGUAUUGUCCGUGCGUUAAAAGAUCCAAACACUUUCCUGUUUGACCAUUUGCUCACUCUCAAGCCAGUCCGCUUCCUGGAGGGAGAGCUCAUCCACGACCUUUUAACUAUCUUUGUGAGUGCAAAACUAGCUGCAUAUGUUAAGUUUUACCAGAAUAACAAGGACUUCAUUGACUCUCUUGGGCUGUCCCACGAGCAAAACAUGGCCAAGAUGCGUCUUCUCACAUUCAUGGGUAUGGCGGUAGAAUUCAAGGAGAUCUCAUUUGACACCAUGCAACAGGAGUUACUAGUUGGAGCUGAUGAUGUUGAAGCUUUUGUUAUUGAUGCUGUUCGGACAAAGAUGGUGUACUGCAAAAUCGACCAGACUCAGCAAAAAGUUGUUGUCAGCCACAGUACACACCGCACGUUUGGCAAGCAGCAGUGGCAGCAGUUGUUCGACAGCCUCAGCUCCUGGAAAGCCAACCUAGCGACUGUCAAGACCAGCCUGCAAACUCUGUCACCUUCCGCCUAGAUUCCACCUUCACCCCAUCCGUCAACUGCCUUACCCUUGGAUUCCUUCUCUAACAACUGCGCUCUCAGCUUUUAUACACAUUCAAUAAAAGAACAGUGGAGCUCAAUGCUAUUUUUUAUUUUUUUGGGGUAAGGAUAUUGGUCGGGUUUGUAUUUAAUUGUUGCCGUUUAAAUCAGUUUUACCCAAUGGGUAGCAUCUUUAUGGUGUUAAGUGUAAUUCAUUCAGAGGGGCAUUGGAAAGCAUUUCCCAACAUCUGGUUUCAGUAAGAGGACAGCAUUUCAGUAUUAGAUGAGCUGUGACUUGCUUUGAGAAAUUGGCUGCAAUGAUGAGGUCACUUGUUGGAGAUCCACGCGAGAGGUGUCGACGCUAAUGUGAACUGCGAUGAACCCGUCACACUGGGGUCAGUAUGGUGUAUUACUGUAUUAUGAACUGCUUCGGGGGUGAUUCACAGGGUUGCUAGGCAAUGUCCAACUGUGUCCAGUGUGAUUCACUGUGUUGGAUUUUAUCUUGGGGGGGGGGGGGGGGGUUCAGAGCUUCGACUCUAAAGCAUUAUGGUGUCAACUCUUAAAACAAGUUCAGUGGCGCAAUAAAUAGAACAUUUAAAUUGACUCAUUGACUGAGUCAAUUUAAAUGUUUUAUUUUUUGUUCAAGAUAAAAGCAAUAAACAGUGAAAACAAUUUUACAUGCAAAGUUAUUUAAUAUUUGGGCACUUGGGGCAGCGUGUCUGUUUCAUAGUUCAGGGUGUACCCUGCCUCCUGCCCAUAAUUAGCUGGGAUAGGCACCAACAUCCUUGUGAUGAUAAGCGGUGCAGAGGAUGAAAAUGAAUUUGCUCACUUAUUAGAACAACUAAAAUUAAUUAUUAUAGAGCUAAAAAAGUUAUCAAAUAUUAAGCUACUCUUUUUGCAGUGGAUAACUACUUUUGGGUGGGAAGGAAUUUCUUAAAUUAUUGCAUACGCAGUGAAAAAAAAUACAAUUUACGCCUGAGAACUGAACUCAUCAUUGCCACUUUGCUUUGGAUGUCUUUGGGGUCUUUUGCAUUGUCUUUCUCUUGGAGUUGUGCAUGAAUAAGCAAAAAAUAAUCAAGUAAAGGUCAGGUUUUAUUUUUUCAACAUCCUGUUCAGCUGCUUGACACAGAGAAUGGAGAUCUGAGUGUCCGAUUGAUCUGAACAGUUUUAAUUUAUCACAUGGGAGUAUGACAUACAUCCAUUGUGAUCAUUCAACCUCAUUUAUUAUGAGAAAGCAGCGAACAGGAAGGGGUUACGGGGGAACAAGAAAAGAGGGAGAGAGAAAAAGCACAACAAGAAAUACAUUAAACACCUACUCUAUGAAUAUGUUGGAGUUAUCGUGAGCUAGUUAUAUUUCAGGUUGACACCCUGUGGGGGGCCUGAUAAGGAUGGGGGGGUCUGAGAGAAGUGAUUGGAAGGAGUGAAGUGUAUCUAAAUCAGCUAUGUGGCCUAGGACCCAGUAGUUGUGUAAAUCCCCGAGUGUGAGUAUGUUGGCAUCCUAUUCUAUGCGGUCUCAUCGCUAAUCCUGACACCAAGGUUUCCUACUUGAGUGUGUCUAAUUUCACCUAGUCCCAUCUAACAAGUGAUAGUCCCGCAGACGAGUAGAGAUGCCGUGUGGGUGCUACCCCAGGGCCGCGACCCUUCCCCAGCCAAAGGGCAAGUUCUUGACAAAACUUCAAAAUCCCUACCCCUCUAUUGACACUUUGUCUUUGCAGCAGCAAAAAUAGAAAUCAGAACUUUUUUGUACGAUUCGGACUAAGCUCUUUUUCCUAUCCUCUCAGAUGUCUGCAUGGAUUCACCACUCACCCCCGUCCAGUUGUUGUCCACGGGGAGAUGCAUCUCUAGAAUUUAUCAGUGGGAGUGUAUUUUACAACACGUUCUCAGGAACACACUGCCGCUGAAAAGGUGGAACAUAGUGCAAAGAAAGAGAGUCAUGCAGCCAAGUUGAUAGAACGUUUGGCUGGAAAACCACCCCCCCACCACCACCCCAUAGCUACUGCUCCCUUGCCUAUAAUUUGUCUCACCCAGUGUUUUGUUUCAUGUGAGAAAUCCCAGAUGUAAAUAAUGGGGUCAUUUUAUCUUCUGCAAGGGCUACAACCUUAUUGUUAUCAAAUUCAAGAUAGAGGUGCUUAUGCAUUGUUAAAUUAUGAAUAGCGACUGCAGUGAUGACCAGUCACAAACAGCAGUCUCAGUGUGUGAGAAUUAUUGGAUAACUUCAUGCAUUCCUCAGUGUGAGAUGUUAUUUCUCAUUUGGAUUACAAUAUUGUAGCAAGUGACAGAUACGGUUUGACAUCCCACAGCAGAUAAAGUCUGGAAUCCAUCGUUUUCUAGUGCCCUUUUCUCUGUGUCAACAUUCCUCUGGAUAAAUCCUGAGACUCGACAGAAUCCAGAUACCUCGCCAAGUACAAGAGAGGAGUUCUCAUUGUCCAUUCAAUUAGCGCCUUGCAGUAGUCAGUCAGAUAAAGUGCAAUUACAUCAUAUCGGCUUUAAAUAAACACUGACCACAAGGCCCAAGUGUAUCAGAUACAGUAUUUGUCUGUCAAACAUGAACCUAUUUUAAAAAAAAAAAAAAAAAAAAAAAAAAAAACACUACCAGUAAAAA